AUGGCCUUCCUCUGGAUCCUCUCCUGCCUUGCCUUCAUCGGCACAACCUAUGGCUGUGGCGAUCCUGCCAUUCCCCCUGUCAUCACUGGCUACUCCAGGAUUGUAAAUGGUGAGGAGGCACGUCCUCACUCCUGGCCCUGGCAGGUGUCUCUGCAGGACUACACUGGCUGGCACUUCUGUGGUGGCUCUCUGAUUAACGAGUUGUGGGUUGUGACAGCUGCUCACUGUGGUGUGACAACCUCUCAUCGCGUCGUUCUGGGUGAGCAUGAUCGUUCCUCUAACUCUGAGGCCAUUCAAGUCAUGAGCAUUGGCAGGGUCUUCAGGCACCCCAACUACAACAGCAACACCAUUAACAAUGACAUCACACUGAUCAAACUGGCCACCCCUGCUCAGCUGAACAGUCGUGUGUCUCCUGUGUGUGUUGCUGAAACAUCUGACAACUUCCCUGGUGGAAUGAAAUGUGUCACCACUGGAUGGGGUCUGACCAGAUACAAUGCCCCUGAUACUCCUGCUCGUCUCCAGCAGGCUGCUCUGCCUCUGCUGACCAAUGAUGAUUGCAAGCGUUACUGGGGAAGCAGUAUCACUGAUUUGAUGAUCUGUGCCGGUGCCUCUGGUGUCUCUUCUUGCAUGGGAGAUUCUGGCGGUCCUCUGGUCUGUCAGAAGAGUAACAUCUGGACUCUGGUCGGUAUCGUGUCAUGGGGAAGCGGAACAUGCUCCACCUCCACUCCUGCAGUGUAUGCCCGUGUCACCAAGCUCCGUGCCUGGAUUGACCAGACCAUUGCUUCAUACUAAACUAAG